UUCAGAUUCGACGUGCGCUCACGCGCUCUUCUCAUGUGCGUGCAUGCGAUAUGAGUGAUUCGAAUUUGAGUUGCUAUAGCGACGCGUGUUAUGAAUUCUGACUGAAUAUAUACACUCGAACCGAUCACUGUCUGUUGGUUGAGAGACGAGGCGAAUUUACAGACUUUUGCAGAGUAUUUUCUGUGCGAUUCUUGUGACUUUGAAGCUGUUCGGAGGAUUUCUGAGAGGAGACUUUUAUUCUAGAAGACAUCGCAGGAUAUAUCCUUUUUAUAUAAAGUUAUAUUUUCGAAAGAGUUCCUAUUAUUUUUGGGGAUACUUUUAUUUUCUCUUAGUGUAGAAGGAGUUUGUUUUUAUUUAAUUUCUUUAUUUUUUUCUUUCUUUAUUUUAUUUUUUUAUUCAUUUUUUGGGAGGAGUAUUUCUGAGGAGAGUUGUAUUUUAUUGUAUUGCAUUUUGUAUUGUAUUUUGUAUCGUUUUUAUUGCAGAUUGCAGGAAGAUGUCGAUGGCUCACAUGAUGGGUGAAAGAGGAGGUCAGGCUCACAUCAGCAGUGAUGUGGUGUCCAGGUCCGACAGCGUCGAUGGAUUGCUGUGCCCUCCGCUGACAGGUCAAGUUCCUGUCGAGCCAAAGGAGACGUCACGUGGCCUAACUGCCCAGGGUGCCAUGGAGGCUUCUCCUGUGAGCGAGAGCUCAACAGAAAAACCUACAGAACGCAGGAAGAGGAAAAGAAUUCAUUCUUUCCUCAACAGGCUGUGGAAGGCGAUGAAGAGUCCUUUCCGGUGCUGUUGCCCCUGUAGUGAUGUGAAUGUUGUGGAGCCUUUUGUCCCUCCACCAGAUCUGGAGCCAGAGCCUGAUCCCGAGCCACCAUCACCUGCUCCAGAUCAGUCCGGCGUCAAGCCAAUCAAUGAAAAACCUAUAGAACGCAGGAAGAGGAAAAGAAUCCGUUCUUUCCUCAACAGGAAGGCGAUGAAGAGUCCUUUCCGGUGCUGUUGCCCCUGUAGUCAUAUGAAUGUUGUGGAGCCUUUUGUCCCUCCACCAGAUCUGGAGCCAGAGCCUGAUCCCGAGCCACCAUCACCUGCUCCAGUUCCCUCCAGCGUCAAGCCAAUCAAUGAGUCCUUUGAGGCUCUGUAUAACUUGGGAGAGAUGCUUGGAUCCGGAGGAUUUGGCAGGGUGUACGAGGGAACGCGCAAAUUUGAUGGCAAAAAGGUUGCCAUCAAGCAGAUGCUCAAGAUUGACAACGAUCGUUAUCUUCGUAUUCCUGGGCACCCCAAACCUCUCGUUACCGAAGUGGCGCUGCUGCUGAUGAUGAGGCGAGAACCCGUAAGCCCCUUCGUCAUACAUCUGUACGAGUGGUUUGAACAUCCUCAAACGUUCACUCUCGUUAUGGAGUACCCGGAACCCUGCGAGAGCCUGCGUGACUUCAUCACCCGUAACCCUCGACUGUGUGAACCAGUCGCACAGGUCAUCGUGCUACAGGCUCUGCUGGCGGUACAACACUGCAUCGAACAUGGUGUUUUUCACCAUGACAUCCAUGCUCACAAUUUCCUGUUGAACAAAGACACGUUUCAUCUCACGCUGAUAGACUUUGGCUGCGGUCAGCUAUUUAGUAGCGAUGGCUACGAGAGCGACAUAUACAUCGGAGCACCGGCUUACUGCCCACCUGAAGUCCUGACCAAACCUCGCUUCCACGCCGUCCCAACAAAUGUCUGGUCCCUAGGAGUCUUGUUGUAUAAGAUGGUGAACGGAUGUUGUCCUUUUGGCAGUAGAAGAGAAAUCAAACGGGCCAAAAUUACAUUUCAGAACUCCACAUUAUCCGAAGGAAAUAACAUACUUGAUGUCCUUGGUGGAAGACUUGACCCGAAGCCUGAAGUCCAAGCCCAGCCUGAGAGGGAACUCGGAGCCCGUCCACAUCUGAGCGAGAACACGAGAGACCGCGAGACUGGAACCAAAUCAUCGAGUCAUCACAGCCACAUUUGCUUUGUUUUAAAAUUAAUUUUUGCUUUGUUUUUAAAAAGUCAAGACAUGUCAUCUUUAUUUAUAUAGCGCCUCAUAUAUGACCAAUCUGUACAUAUGUAUAUAUCAUUUUUGAAUUAAAGAAAUGUUUUUUUAAUGGUCUCGGCCUAUGAGGAAUCUUUUGAAGUAAAAGGCAAAGACCUAUUUUUUGUGCUUCCCGAAAUAAAACUUAAUAA